AUGCCUCGACUACACAUUUUCCUAUUCGCUCUACUCGCCCUAGCGCUCGCCCCCAGCGCCGUUCUCUGCGCAGUCUUGGGCAUUGACUUUGGCCAGUCGAGCACAAAAGCGGCGCUGGUCUCCCCCGGCGUGCCGUUCGAGAUCGUGCUCACCCGAGACUCGAAGCGGAAAGAUGUCUCUGGACUCGCGUUUAAGGGUGACGAACGACUUUAUGGCGGCAGUGCUGCUGCAAUUGCGCCCCGUGUUCCUGCGACCUCGUUCCUCAAUUUCAAGCCCUUGUUAGGCAAGUCAGUCGAUUCGGACGAAGCCGAGCUCUAUCUUUCCCGACACCCCGGCUCGACUCUGAUCCCCGCCGGCAACCGGUCUACGGUCUCAUUCAAGACCCCAGAUUCCUCGUUUCCGAUCGAAGAGCUACUCGGCAUGUCCUUUUCGCACAUCAAGAAACUCGCAGAGGAGAUGCUGCCAAAGGACUCGGCCACCAACUCUGUCUACGAGACCUCCGUCACCGUACCACCGUACUUCACGACCGUCCAGCGCAGGGCAAUCAUCGAUGCGGCCGAGAUUGGCGGACUUAAAGUUGUCUCGCUUGUUUCUGACGGUGUCGCGACCGCGAUCAACUACGCGUCUUCGCGGACUUUUACUUCCGAGAAGCAGUACCAUUUUAUUUUCGACGUCGGCGCCGGAUCCACGUCAGCUACGCUGGUGUCCUUCCAAGAGGGCAAGGCUUCUGGCUCGAUGUUUGGCAAAUCGGCCCUGAACAUCACGGUCGAAGGUGUCGGAUACGAUACAGCCUUGGGCGGCGACCUACUCGACGACAGAGUUUACCAGCUACUCCUUUCGAAAUUCGUCGAAGCCCACGGAUCAGGGAUCGAGUCAAACCCGCGCGCGCUGAUCCGUCUGCGCAAAGAAGCCGAGCGGGCAAAGACGAUCCUGAGCGCAAACACCGAAGUGCGCGUCUCCGCCGAGAGCCUGUACGACGACAUUGAUUUCCGGACGAUUCUCACGCGCGCCGAGUUCGAGGCCGCGAUCGAGGACUUGCUGCCGCGGAUCCGGAAGCCGUUCGAGGCCGCGCUGGCGAAAGCGGGCGCUGAUAUCCUUGACGUGAACUCGGUGAUCAUCAUGGGCGGAUCCUCGCGCGUGCCUGUUUUCCAGCAGGUUUUGGUCAAGGACGUGUUGAAGGGUGAUGCGUCGAAAGUGUCAAAGAACGUGAACGCGGACGAGGCGGCUGUUUUGGGAGCUACGUUCAGAGGCGUGUCGGUGUCUAAGCAGUUCAAGACCAAGGACAUCAACAUCAUCGAGCCGGUUGAGGAUGAGUUUGCGCUUACGGUGAAGGACGCGCAGGGAUCAGUGAUUGGUGCGCAGAGUUUGUAUCCUUCAGGGACGAUCGUGAGCAAGAACAGGACGCAGACGCGUCUUGAGAUUCCCGAGGAUGCGAAUGAGGCUGUUUUGGAGUUCACCGAAGGAAGCACGACGUUGUUCAAGUACAGCCUGAACGACAUCCAAAAGUCGAAAGAGACGAUUCUGGCCGCGAAUAACUGCUCGGAGUUGUAUCCCGUUAUCGAGUCCGAACUCUCGGUCAGCAGAACGUUCGACGUUCAUGCCGUCGCAUGGUUCUGUAACGUCACAAUCCCGACCGCUGAGGGCGACGAGGGGCCCGAGAGCGAUGAUCUCAAGCACAAGUUACUCAAUUUCUUCAACAAGAGCUCAAAGUCUGAGGACAGCAGCUCUACCACCGCCGACGCGUCGUCGUCAGAGACAGCGACGGAAACCUCCGCUGAAGAAGCCGAGACAAGCUCAAGCACGGCCACAACAUCGUCCAAGAAACCCAAGCCUACGCUGCCGCCUAAACCACGGACUACCAAGCAGCCAAUAAAAUACAAGGUGACCUACCUCGGCCCGCGCAACCUCGGCCGCGCAACAAAGACAACCUCGCAGUCUCGUCUGCGGGCGUUCGACCGUCUCGACAGCGAUCGGCAGGCGAAGGAGACGGCGCGGAACAGCCUGGAGGCGUAUGCGUACCGAAUCCGGGAGUGGAUCGAGUACGAGAACGUGCGGUUUAUGGAGCACUCUAACGAGGAAGAGCGGCAGGCGUUUUUGGCGAUGGCGAUGGCGACGCUGGAUUGGCUGUACGAGGAAGGCGAGAGCACGGUGCUGGAGACGCUGAAGACUAGGUUGGACCAGCUGAAGCAGUUUGAGAACGUGGUGAUUGCGCGCGAGAAGGCGAAGCUUUCGAGUUUGGAGGAGAUGUUGCGUCCAAAGACGAGCUCGGCGGAGGAAGAAGAGGCGUUUACGAUCUUGCCUAUCGAUAAGGAUAAUUUGUCGGCGUCGACGACGGUCAUGGAGGAAGCGACGGCGAGUGCUACGGAUGCGGAGGAGACUCCUGUCGAGACCGAGAGUGGCCCUGAAGAGCAUGAUGAAUUGUAA